CGGUGAGUUGAUGGCAUGGGCUGUGCUUUUGAUUGCAUUUGGAACCGGGUUUCUUGUUGGUUCUCUCGUCUGGUUGAUAUAUGUUCCAAGAGUGAGACGGUUAAUCUUAGGAUAUCACAUUGGUGGAGAAAUUAGAAUGGUAUCUCAAACAACACAAACGGAGGACGAAGAUUUUUAUCACAAUUUAGCUAUGUCCGAGUUAGAUGCAAGUUCAAUUCCGGAAGCUGGUGAAAUUCACGGUAAUAAUCUAAAAAAGUCGAAGAGUACAGUCGAAGUAGAUGCAAAUAAAGAAAAGAUAGGCCUACCACAUGAUGAUGAUCAAUCGAAACAAACUGCGUUGAAUAUGAACGGAGUGAAGAAGCGCACAUUUAGUACCGUUAAUCGUCAUGCCGACGAUCCAGAGUGGAGACAAGUUAAAGAUCACCCACAUGUCACAAAAAUCUGUUUACCACUCCAGGUAUUGUCAUCGAUAUUUGGAGCAUUUGCACACGGUGGCAAUGACAUCAGUAACGCUAUAGGACCAUUUGUGGCAUUGUGGGUAAUAUACACAACAGGUGAUGUUCAACAGGAAGAGGAGGUUCCCACAUGGAUACUCGUCUAUGGCUCAAUUGGUGUCUCAAUCGGUUUGUGGGUACUUGGUAAAAGAGUUAUAGAGACUGUGGGUGACGAUUUGACGCCACUAACAGUAUCAAGUGCUUUUACAAUCGAGCUUGGUUCUGCAACAACUGUGCUGGUUGCCUCUAAUCUGGGAAUACCAGUUAGCACUACGCAUUGUAAAGUCGGAUCUGUUGUCGCCGUUGGUUGGGUAAGAACAAAGACUGCCGUUGACUGGACGUUAUUCUACUCUAUCAUUGCAGCAUGGGUCAUCACUCUCCCUGCUACUGUCGGCAUUAGUGCUUUUAUGAUGUUCCUACUUCAAAAAACCGUAUGAAAUACAAUAUAAAAAACAUCUGAAGAAUAAUGUUUUGAUGGAUAAUCUGACAAAGUAAAGAUAUUGGAAAAAAUAAUUAUAGUUUACAUUAUAAUUAUAAUUUAGUUUAAUAUACUGAAUUCGAAAGUGUUGUGCUACGUUGUUUUCUGUCUGAAUGAAUGAACAUUGAUGUUCAUAUCUUUUGCUAUUUAUAGUAUAAUUUCAAUCGAACUGUAGUUUGGGAGGUGGGGGGGGGGGGGGGGGGAAUGUGUAGAUCGAUUUCAACCACAUGGUAUGGGUUAAAUAUUAGCAAACUGAAAAUGCUAUAAAGUUCGGGAACGUUGUGAAAGCUGUAGAUAUGUUGUCAGAAAAUGACUAACAAAAAGUUGCAGGAAGGUGUUCAUUCUAAGUAAUUUGUCGCUCUAAUGGUGACGUCACUGCUGAACUUGACAAUGAUUAGAAUGGUCAAAAACGUUAUUUAACAAUUAGCUAAAAAUACGUCAUCUCAAUUUAAUGUGGCACAAGAAUAAAUUAUAUUUAUGUCAUAAUACAAGAUUUAUUAAGAGUCAUUUCAGUUUUUCAGUAACGUUACAAAAAUUAAAGAUGUUUUCAACACCAAACUGUGAAGCUAAGGCAAAAAUGUUAGCUGGGGUGUGGGCUACUAGAUCGUCAUACAACUCCACAGUUUUGAGAUUGAACAUGUUCAAUUUCAAUACUUAAGGAAAAUAUAACUAAGUAUUGUUUUCUCUAAGGAAAAAAUGCAUCUUCAGUUAUUUGAAACAUGACCGAGAUAUUAUUGUU